AUGCUGUCUUAUUCAAGCAGUAUACAGUUUAUUAUUUUUACGUAUUUUUCUGUGUGAUGUCACAAUAAAACUUUCCCAGGUACGUCCACCAGUACCACUAAUGUGACCAGCACCAGUCAGCCCACCAACACCACUGUGUCUGUGACCACGAUGAUUCAGCCCACCAAAACCAGCCAGACAACACGAUUCACCACAGCUCCGUCAGUCACAUCAUCACAAUUCAAUAUUACGAUAGUGACCACUUCCAAGAUUUCUUUCACUUUCGUAACUGCCACAUCAAAAUCUGAGGCUGUGGUAGCCAGAAACUCCAGAUUUGACGUGGGCAGUUUUGUAGGUGGCAUUGUGCUGACACUUGGAGUCCUCGUUAUUCUCUACAUCGGAUGCAAGACCUAUCGCUCUAGAAGAGGCAUUCAGUACAGGACCAUUGAUGAACAUGAUGCCAUCAUUUAA